ACGUUAUUCAGUCAUCUGGCCGCUUUGACGAAGCGGGAGAGCUGCAUCCUCCUCCGACGCGUGCAUUCUCUGAUCGCUUUCUCCGUCCACAGAGGUGAUCAUGACUCCCCGCCAAGUGUACCCGAUGUGUCUGCGUCUUGCUUUUUUGCUUGUGUCGGUUGCACUCGUUGGGACGCUCUGUUCAGCUCAUAUGCACGUGUCGGAGCGACGCCAUCUCCAGCAGCAAGCGCGUGACAUGUUCUAUCACGGCUACCGCAAUUAUAUGAAGCACGCGUACCCAUGGGAUGAACUUAAGCCCCUAAGCUGCUCUGGACGCCGCUGGGAUCGUCGUGAACGUGGUGACCUGGACGACGUACUGGGAGGCUUCUCAUUGACACUUGUUGACUCACUGGAUAUGUUAGCCGUAUUAGGGGACUGCGACGAGUUUGCACGUGCUGUUAAGCUCAUAUCCAGUAGUGUAUCAUUCGAUCGAGACGUGACAGUGUCAGUAUUCGAGUCUACUAUUCGAGUUAUCGGUGGACUAGUGUCAGCGCACAUGUUGGCUUCUCCAGAAUAUUUCGGAUUAAUGGACGAGCACGAGUACAAUGGAGAACUACUGGAGCUCGCAGAGGAUCUAGGACGGAGAAUACUACCAGCUUUUGAGACCCCCACGGGGAUUCCUGUACAUAGAAUAAAUCUACAACGUGGGGUACUACCGAAAGACCGAGCAGCCAACUUGACGUGUCCAGCUGCUGCUGGGUCGUUGCUGGUGGAGAUGGCCUAUUUAUCGAGGUUAACAGGGGACGAGAGCUUUGAGGAGAGAGCGAAGCAAGCGGUUGUGGCAAUCUGGGAUCGACGAUCAGAUCUGGAUCUACUGGGGAGCUCUAUAGAUGUCGGGUCGGGUCAGUGGAUCUACUCACACGGAGGUAUCGGAGCUGGCCUGGACUCGUUUUUUGAAUAUUUGUUGAAAUAUCAUCUUAUCAGUGGAGAUUCCGGGUGGCUGGAGAUGUUUAACGCCAGCUACCACGCGGUGGAGACCCACGUGAACCAUAACGACGUGUACAUUGAAGUUGAUAUGAACGGAGGCAGGAACCAAGUACGCGCUCGUCGCGUCUCAGCACUGCAAGCUUUUUGGCCGGGACUUCAGGUACUUGCAGGCGAUGUAUCGGGCGCUAUUCGUACACAUGAGCACAUGUUUCCACUCUGGGACGAAUACGGUGCCAUGCCGGAGUUGCUAGACUUGGCUCCGCAUGGCAAAUCGAAGCCUGGGAACCGUGGCACUGUGAUUAGCUGGGCGCGUACGUCUCCGCUUCGUCCUGAGUUGAUUGAGAGCACUUACCAUUUGUACCAGGCCACAAAAGACCAUAAGUAUCUCAAGAUGGGGCGACAAAUGCUGCAGGAUAUUCGUCGCGUGUCAGAAGUACCCUGUGGUUACGCUGCAGUGGGGGAUAUCCAUACACUAGACGUUGAAGACCGCAUGGACAGUUACUUCCUGUCAGAGACUGCCAAGUACUUGUUCUUACUCUUCAGUGAUGACAAUGUGAUCGUCCCAGCCCCAAUACGACAGCGCAACGCUACAGCAACGAAUCGUACCUGCUCGGCAACGGUAUCAGACGACAAAAUUACGCUUGGAUCAUCACUAUCUUGCAACAAUCGGACCAUCAAUGGAAACUCUACUUUGGAGCACUCUUCCUACGUUAGAAGGAACAGGAAGCCUCUAAAGGCAUCGGACGUUGUCUUCAGCACUGAAGGCCACAUUUUAAUGCUUGACUCGCAUCUGUUCCGACACACAACGAAGCAGAAGGCGUCGUCUGCGUCUCCAAAGUGCGAAAAUGGGAAGCUGCAAGUCCACAGACGUAACGUGGAGUUAGAAGUGGCAAGACGAGGUCAACUAACGCCUCCUGUUAUCCCUGUCGGAGUGGCUGUACGCAUCGGUGGCGUUCACGUGACGACACUUGUGGCUUCUCCUGCCAAGUUUGGGUUACAGGUCACCACUCCAUCAGCAGUAGAAGCUCCGUUGCUGCUCUUUACUCCGGAUAUUGGCGAGGCUUGUGGGUCUAUAGACUCCGAUCGUGUGCAUGGCAAGAUCGUGAUGGUAGCCCGCGGUAAAUGUACGUUUGCAGAGAAGGCGUUGAGACUGCAAAGCGCUGGUGCAGUGGGUAUCGUGGUUAUCAACUCAAAGGCAUCUUCCAGCAGAUAUCCCAACCGCAAAUACUCACUGGCCGACGACGCACGUGGCCUCGGGCAAUACGUGACGAUCCCUGUUGUUCUUGUGGCUCGAGAGGAUGCCACUCAACUGCACAGACAUGCAAGUCUCAACAAUGUCCAAAGCGAUAGUGGUGCUGUACUUAUUGGGUCGCUGUCACCGUGGCUCUACUGAUCCAGAUCGGUGCGUUAGAAAGUAAAAUGCAAAUAUGUAUAUACUCAGGACUAGAUGUCUUCGUCGAACACGGUGAGAUCCACGCGCACUUGGUUGCCCUUGGCCAUCUCUUCGUCAUCAUCGUCUGCGAUGAGGUUGACGAUCUUGUUGACGAUGAAGCUGGAGCGCUGUUUCUGCAGAGUUACGUCGUGUGGUUCGUCGUCCACUACGAGCAUCAGGACGUAUUUCAGCAAGAUGAGGCCGUGCUCAACGCACACAAACAGCCACAGUCGCUCGUGGUCCGUCAGGUUUACAGUCGUACGUCGAGAAGUAAAGCAUACAAGAGCCACAUUGGUCACCAUGGCGAUCGAGCCCAUGAGAUCGAUGAUAGUCCCCCACGUCCCGAUAUCCUGCGCGCCGCGAGGAUCUGGACGUCGAGUAGCGUUCACCAGCUUGUGGGCGUCAAUGCGGAUCUCGAUGAAAUUGUUGAACAGAGCGAACGCUGGAGCCAGCGGGAAGGACACGACGAACAGCGUCACGUAGCCGAACUGGAUGAUCAUCUCGUUGUAGUCAUCGAACGUUCCUUUCUGGUCGUACACGUCCAGCUCCAAUUGCUUCUCGAUGGCUGAAGGUUCACGGUACAAAGUGCUCUCCUUCUUGUUCCUCUUGAGCUUCUUCAUGAUCCAAGGCAGACCGGCUUCGAAGAAAUUACCGGAUGUGAGUCGCAAGAUGAAGAUGAUGCCCAGACUCAUCAUCAGUUCGUCCAUGCAGCCGUGACCCUCUGGUUUGCAGGAUUCGUGGCCUUCCACUGAAGUUUUGAUGAACGCCACGUAGAAUAGACUCGCGUACGAGUUGACGAACUGGAAGAGGAACGUCUUGCCGAUCAAGUGGUCUUCGUACUCAGUGUCGGUGCGGUGGUUCUCGAACUCGUUGAGCUUCGCGGCCACGGUACUGUAUACGUUGUUCAUUAUCAUGAUCUGAAUGGCGUUCACGGUGGACGCCGCUGCGCCGCCCAGUUGAGUGCCGUUCACUGUGAACAUGUCUUUCCACUUGCCCGAUGUAGCAGCGUACCGGAACACGAAGAUGCCAGCCACGACGCCGACAACGAGCAGGAUAAGCAUACUGAUGAAGAACUAUUCGAGCUCAAGAAGAGAAGAAUUAGUGCAAUGAUUCGGACAAUUAUCACUCCAUUAGGACGUACCAGUGAACCCAUAACGCGACGGAAUCGCGUCUGUGGACUGAAGUAGCGGAUCUCAGACCCGUCGAUUGGAGAAACUGUAGGUUGGCCAUCGAACUCUGGGCGCUCCACUUCUUCUUCUUCAAAGGUGGACAUACCCCACUCAAGUGCUAAAGUAGAGUUGUUGCGCUUCCAGUACUCGUAGUAGAAGCUGUAGUGUCACACACAGGUAAGAGCCUUCAACGUAAGUAUCCAAUCGCAAACCCAACUUACAUUGACCAGAGAGCCAUGAAGAGACCAAAGUAUGGCACCAGCACGGAGUCGGCGGUAUCUUCGACCAAAACACCGGCAAACAAGAGGCACCCGACGAUCGCUGGUGCGAUCAACCACGUCGUGUAGUGACCUACAAAACAAAAUGGUAAGGAUUUGCAUAAAUACCAGAAAAGUAGAGCAAACUACCCACCAAGCCACGCAAAGUAGAGACCCACUUUCUCUCCGAAGUAGUCUUUAAUCUCCCACAAUGGCUGUUGCCACGGUGCGAACUUCCAGCUGAACCACUUGUCUCGAAGCUUGUUGAGCUCCUCCGGUUCGUGUAGUGGGAAGGCUGCAACAAGGCACUUGUCGCGCAGUAGUUCACUCAAAUUCAAGCCGCAGCCUCCUUCUCCUCGAGUUUUGAUGAUGUUGAGCAGUAGUUUAAUACUAAAAAAAAGCAAUAGAUUAGCCCAGAUCUUUACUUAUUACAGCAGUAACCG